AGCAACGGUAUUAACGAGGCAAGACACGCGAAGGAACGAAGAAAGAUCUUUGCCAUCACAAAGUUUAAUGUUCACAAAAAGUUGAAAAAAAAAACUUUAUGCAAAAGUUCGAAGAUGUCCAAACUCGUCAUUUGCCCGUUUUUCGACGAUUUAUUUAACAAUAAAUCUUGCUUAAGAGACAUGUUGAUUCGAUUUUAAUUUUCUCGAAUAACGAUCGAUCAUAUAGAUACGUUAUCUAUAAUUUGAUAAAGUAGCCAAGUAAGAUCACAGAACUCAUUAGAGCAUAUGCGGUCUCUGUGAAAGUGUUGAAUGUAUUACUAUAAUCUAACAAGAUGCACAUGUCCUUUCAUAUCGGCGAGAACGAAGUUAUUUUAUUUGAUGAAUGGAAUGUAGUUGAUUGGCAAGGGAUUGGAUGGUCAAUGGUUGGUAUUAUUCUUCUAACGUCUAUAUACGAAGGAAUAAAGUCUUAUCGCGAACAUCUUUACGUACACACUCCGUGUCUCUGGAGGAAUAAAGAAGACAGAUCGAGGACGGCAUUACUAUUUUCCAAGAUACAUCUUCUUCAAACAAUUGUUCACGUCGUUCAAACGGUUAUAGGAUAUUUUCUUAUGUUAAUUUUUAUGACAUACAAUGUUUGGCUCUGCUUAGCAGUGGCACUUGGUGCAGCCCUUGGUUAUUGGCUAUUUGCUUGGGAAAAAUCUACCGGCGAUAAUAUCGAAUGCUGUUUGUAAAUUCUACGUUGUAUUUAAUUUAUAAAAUAAAUUACAA